CAUUUGACCUUCAACAAGUGUCCUCGGAGGAAGCGUUAAGAUAUCAUAAAUAACACCGACUAACGACAUCAACUGCAGACAACAUGUCAGAAGUUGAAGAUCAGUUGGAGCUCCAGCUCGAUAAUUCACCGCCUGAGCUUAGCGAGGCGCUGUUUGAAGACCUGAGCGGCGAGGGGUCAGACUGCACUCAAAGUCCGAUUAACUCCGGAUACCGAGAUGAGGAGGAACCGCUGCUGUUGUUAGCUGACGUCGCUCUGGCGCCACCUUGUGGUGGCCACGCGUCCUCCAGCUGUCUGGAGGUCAAACGGAAGGAGAGUCACCUUCCCCUAAUCCAGCUGCAGCUCCAGUUCUUUCUGAGUAAAGCAGAUGACUUACAUAACCGACUUGUCAGUGGGCAGAACCAUCUGGAGACAGAGCAUCUUGUUAACGCAGUAUCUCACCUCCUGUACACCUGUCAGCCUUUCUUUAACUACCUGGAAUCCACAGCCAGAUGCAGCAUUUUACAAUACAGCCACAUGCCUUGUGACGUUUCUCCAAAGCUGUUGGACGUCUCUCAGCAGCUGUGUGACAGGUUGGAGCAGUUGGUGUUGACCUACGCCAGCUAUGACCUUCUCAGUUUGGAUGAGACUGAGCCCAACAACACGUCUCACUUCUGCAUCGGUCAGAGUCAGUUCAGCCAGUGGAAGUUAACCGCUUUCCGUUACUGUAAGCCGACACCGUACCUGGCCCGGGUCAACACUGGGCUGUACAAGCGCAUGCGCUGGAACGUAGAGCAAAUUUUGGACGGGGAGGACAGGCAAGACAAAACAGGCCAUCAUACAGACUAUUACUUCUUGUGCUACGAAGACAUUCCCAAUGCACAAGCAGAGGCAGACCAGGACAGCCAAGGUGAUAACGUGCUGAGGAUGUGGUCCAUCGGUCAGUGGGUGCAGGUGAAUCCUGACCCCAACACUGACGACAUAUACGACUGGAUCAUGUGUGAGGUCCCUCAGGCAAGCUAUCACAGGCUUUUGUUUCUGGGUCACGAUGAGCCGUCCAGCUGCAGCGCUACAGACUAUCUGCAGCAGAUGCUGCUGUCACACCACACAGACUAAUGCAAAGUCCUGCAGGAGGAGCUCUGUUAAUGCAUGCAUUACAUUUUGAUAGAAAGAUUUUAAGUUCAGUUUUAAUGUUUAGGCUUCAAGUUUGUUGUAAAUAAGUGCAGGCGUGUUAUUAAAAAAAAGAAUUUUAUUAACAUGUAACAUUGUAGUGAAAUAAUUACACACAAUCACAAAUUUGUCAGAGUCAAAACAAA